AUGGCGAAACGAAAGUCAAUAGCAGAUCCUGAACAGCUCCCAGAUGCUGCAGACAAGAGCAGGCAGCAAAAUGACGACGACUCUGGCAGCGACGAGGACAUGGACAUGGUCAACGUCGACUUCGAAUGGUUCGACCCGCAACCCGCCGUAGACUUCCACGGCCUCAAAACCCUCCUGCGCCAACUCCUCGACGUCGACGCGCAACUCUUCGACCUGAGUGAACUCACAGACCUCAUCCUCUCCCAGCCCACCCUCGGCAGCACCGUGAAAGUCGACGGCAACGAGACAGACCCCUACGCUUUCCUCACCGUCCUGAAUCUGCAAACACACAAGCCCCCACAGGAGAAAAAAGUAAUCCAAGACCUAACAUCCUACCUAGUCAAAAAAUCAUCCUCCAUCCCUUCUCUCCCCGCCCUCCUCGACCCCUCCACACCCUCCUCCCAAAUCGGCCUCAUUCUCACCGAGCGCUUCAUAAACAUGCCUCACGAAAUCGUGCCCCCAAUGUACACCAUGCUGCUCGAAGAAAUCACCUGGGCGCUGCAAGAAUCCGAGCCGUAUAAUUUCACACACUAUUUGGUGUUGUCCAAGUGCUAUGAGGAGAUCCAGAGCGCAUUGACGGGCGAGGAUGGGCCGCGGGGCAAGAAGGCGAAGAAGGGCGAGGGCGAGACUUUCUACUUUCACCCGGAGGAUGAGGUGUUGCAUAAACAUGCCGUGGGGCAUGUGAGCUUCGAGUAUGACACGCCCGUGGAUGAGGGGGCGAGUGAUGCGAAGAGGGCGUUUCAGGAGUUGGGGGUGAAGCCGAAGGGGCAUUUGGUGCUGAUUGAGGCGGGGAAGUUUGAGGCGGCGGUGGAGGGUGUCAAGACAUUCUUGGGUGGGCAAUAA